AUAAUUACAAUUCUCAUUUUUAUCUUGAGCCAUAAUUGCUGAUUCCCGGCUUUCCCAAAAAGCUAAAAAGGAAGAGCGUUUAAUUGCACAUAAAAUUCAAAGCCAGUUAGUAACUUAGAAUUCAUUACAGAGGAGAUGCAAUAAUAGUCUGCACCAAAAUGAUGAAUGGCUUAGUUAAGAUUUUAAAUUUUUUGUCAACUGGCCAAAACAAGUUGCCUAGACUGAGCCCACUCGACCACCUUAAAUCCUUAACGUCUCUUGCCCAAAACUCCAUGACAUCCUCGUUCACCUCCAUAAGCCUCUCUGAUGCUUCCCAGUUCUACUCUUCUCUGAUCCAGCAAUGUAUUAAGAAGAAAUCUUUAACAGACGCCAAUCUUAUCCACACCCAUAUCUUAAAAUCGGGUUUCUUCUACCUUAAUAUAUGCAACAAGCUUACUGAUGCCUAUCUAAAGUGCGGUGGCAUUGUUGACGCUCGUAGGCUGUUUGAUGAAUUGCCUAAUAGAUUUAUAGUCUCCUGGAAUUCGAUGAUUUCUUAUUACAUUAGUGUUAAAAGAAGUAAGGAAGCUAUUUUUUUGUACACAAGGAUGGUUCUAGAGGGCGUUCUACCUGAUGAAUUCACAUUCUCGAGUGUUUUCAAAGCUUUUUCUGAACUGGGUCUUGUACAUCAAGGACGGCAAGCUCAUGGGGUGUCUGUGGUUUUGGGUUUAGAGGUUUCAAAUGCGUUUGUUGGUUCUGCGCUUGUUGAUAUGUAUGCAAAGUUUGGUAAAAUGAAGGAUGCUCGGUUGGUGGCAGAUCGGGUCAUGGACAAAGAUGUGGUGUUGUUUACAGCUUUGAUUGUUGGUUACAAUCAACAUGGUGAUGGUGGUGAAGCUUUGGAUGUUUUCGGGAACAUGAUUAAACAGGGAAUUAAGGCUAAUGAAUAUACGUUUGCAAGUAUUUUGAUCACCUGUGGAAAUUUAGAGGAUUUAGGCGUAGGUAAGCUAGUCCACGGACUUGUCAUCAAAUCUGGCUUUGGAUCUGCUGUAGCUUCACAAACUUCACUCCUUACAAUGUAUGCCAGAUGUGGCUUGAUUAUUGAUUCUUUAAAUGUUUUCAGCAAUAUUUUGCAUCCAAAUCAGGUUAGUUGGACAUCUAUUAUAGUAGGUCUAGUGCAAAAUGAUAAAGAAGAGUUAGCUUUGUCAAAGUUCAAAGAAAUGAUUCGUAGUUCAAUAAUUCCGAAUUCUUUCACAUUAUCUAGUGUUAUUCAGGCAUCUUCAAGCCUUGCAAUGCUUGAGACGGGAAAACAAAUCCAUGCCAUAGUUAUGAAAUUUGGAUUGGAUACUACUGGAUAUGCAGGUGCAGCCCUUGUUGACUUAUAUGGGAAAUGUGGAAGUACAGAAAUGGCAAGGUCUGUUUUUGAUGCUUUGAAUGAAAUUGAUAUCGUAUCCAUGAACUCCAUGAUUUAUGGUUAUGCACAGAAUGGUUUUGGGCAUAAAGCACUUAAGCUAUACAAUGAGAUGAAAGAUCUGGGCCUUGAACCAAAUGAUGUAACAAUUUUGAGUGUUCUCUUAGCAUGCAAGAAUGCAGGACUGGUUAAAGAAGGCUGCCAAAUCUUUGACUUAAUUAGGAAUAAUAACAAAAAUUUUGAAUUGACAAGAGAGCAUUAUGCUUGCGUGGUUGAUUUGUUUGGGCGUUCUGGGAGACUUGAUGAGGCUGAAAUGUUAAUAAAACAAGUAAGCAACAAGGAUGUGGUUUUAUGGAGGACAUUGCUCAGUGCAUGUAAGAUUCACGGAAAGGUGGAGAUGGCAGAGAGAGCUGUCAAUAGGGCACUUGACAUCACUCCUGGGGAUGAGGGAACCCACAUUCUGAUGUCAAAUGUUUAUGCUUCAACUGGUAACUGGAGUCAAGUUAUUGAGAUGAAAAGCUCAAUAAGGGAAAUGAAAUUGAAGAAGAAUCCCGCAAUGAGUUGGGUUGAUGUCAAUAAGGAGGUUCAUAUUUUCAAAGCUGGAGAUUGGUCCCACCCAAGAUCUAGGGAAAUAUUUGAAACAUUAGAAAACUUAAUUGAGAAGGUUACAAAUUUGGGUUAUGUUCCUGAUACAAGAUUUGUGUUGCAGGACUUUGAUGAGGAGAACAAGAAGAGGUCUUUGUAUUAUCACAGUGAGAAGCUAGCACUGGCCUAUGCUCUAUGGAUGACUAGUGAUAAGACUACCAGCAUCAGGAUCUUCAAGAACCUCAGAGUCUGCGGUGAUUGUCAUUCAUGGAUAAAAUUUGUAUCCAAAGUUGUUGGAAGAGAAAUUAUUGCUCGGGAUGCUAAGAGAUUUCAUCAUUUUAAAGAUGGAUUCUGUUCCUGUGGAGAUUAUUGGUGAAUCCAAUUUAUGAUGUCUAUAUUCUUUCCAUGUACCACUUUCACCACUAUAGGAUCUGUAACUAAGUCUUUACGGAUAACUGAUUCACCAACUAUUGUUUUUAAUUUAUUGAUCAAGGAAUUGCAAGCUUCUGUACAGCGACAUUUGUGGACACAUUUGUUGUGUAUGAGAAAAGAUGGAGAGCUUAGCUAGGAUUAAUGUGCUAGAAGAUGAUAGAAAUCCUGAGUACAUUGAAUUCGGUAGCAAUCUCAUGAAGAUGUGAACUUUACUUGUAGAGCAAGAUCCUACUCUGUGUAUGUGUUUCACUGAAGGUUGAAGCUGUAAAUCAAGUCUCUCCCAGCAUCUGCAAGGGAAGGUAUCUUUGAUGAGAAACGAGCAUCUUCAAUCUGAUCUUAUUCUGGUAUGUGGUCAAUUUAACUGUCAAGAAACUCUCAACUGCAGUUUAAGUUUUGGAAAGAAUCGGAAUUUCAAAAGAGAGAAAAUUGGACAGGUAAAAGAAACUAGAAUUAUUAGAAUAGGGUCUUACAUGCACCAGGUGGGAACUCUAGUUUUGUCUCAACUAUUGAAGUCAUAUUGCUAAGAUUAACAGCAUGGAUAGUGAGAUGAGAUCAAAAACAAAUCAUGCACUGAAUUGGGUCAAUGUUGAUGAGAAUAUUUACUGGCUGCAAGUUUUCUACUAAGAUAAGAGACAUACAAGAAGCCGGAAAUGUUUCAAAGGAAAAAGAAAAUGUACGGAAUAUGUGUCAUAAAUAUCGUAGGACUUGGAUGGGGAGCUUUUGUCAAAUAAUUGUGAAAGUUAGUAUUAAGUGUCGCAUCAUGGAAUUGGAGGGCAAUCCUAAAGCUACCAACACCUUGAUUCUUGAGAAUUUUGCAGUUUGUGUAGUUUUGUUGCUCGGAAUUUGUCCUCAACAUGUUUGGAAGGAAGAUAGAGAUGCAUCAAUCAAUUCGUAAUGUCGACAUCUAACUAAUUCAUGGUAUCGGAGGGAUAAGACUGAUGCAGAGAUAUGCCUUGAGGAGAGUCCAGCUUCUUCAAUCUGAUCUUCAGGUGAUCCAUGGUCAAUGUAUCUAUCAGGAAGCACCAUUGCUCGCAACUGCCAAAAACAAAACGCCUAGGCAAUUU